AUGCAGGAGCCCCUCCUAAGCCCUUGCUCCAGCAGAGGAUUAGCCUCACCAAGCGGAACAUCAUCACCCAAUGAACAAUCUUUCCAUGAUCUUGCCCCAUCACCGCUCCAAUCUCCUCCUUAUAUCAUCAAUGAAGCAAGGAGCCCUUCUAAUGCUAACUUGAGCUUGAAGAAAAGGCAUAUUACCUAUCGCUCUCGCUCUGCUCCAUCUGUGUUGGAGGUGAAUGUUCAUGAGCCCUCUGAACCAAGACCAGCACAACAGUCAGGGUGGAUAGUUAGGCUAUCUUUGAUAGCAGUUAUCGUGUAUGUGGUAACUGGGGUUGCAGUGUACAUGACAAGUGGGAGUUUCAAGGGCACUACCACAGCCAAGCUUGUAGAUGCUAUUUACUUUACAAUGGUAACUCUUUGCACUACUGGCUAUGGAGAUAUCAUUCCUGACACGACGUUUACCAAAAUCUUUACAUGUAUUUUCAUUUUGGUGGGCUUUGGAUUUGUUGCAUAUCUGCUCAAUUGGUUGGUAGCAUACAUCUGUGAUGCACAAGAAGCAUUCUUGUUGAGCAUUACCAAUGAGAGUCCAUACAAGAAGAUUCUCACGACGUAUAUGGUUGAUGAAAAGAAAGGAAGAAUGAGGAUAAGAACCAAAUUUUGUGUGGCUUUGGCUGUUGUCAUUGGCUGCAUUGCUAUCGGAACAAUCACAGUGCACUUUGUUGAGGACCUUAAUUGGGCUGACAGUUUUUACCUCUCCAUUACUUCUGUCACAACGGUUGGUUAUGGAGAUUAUUCUUUCAAAACUGUAACCGGAAGAUCCUUUGCAAUUUUAUGGCUUUUGGUAAGCACACUGGCAUUUGCCAAGGCCUUUGUAUACCUCGCUGAUUAUAGCGUGCACAAGAGAACCCGUGAGAUGGCGAAAUGGGUUCUGAAGAAGAAGAUAACGUUAUCAGAUUUCCCUGCUGCAGACCUUGAUAAUGAUGGAUCAAUCAGUAAGUCAGAAUUUGUCAUAUUCAAGCUUAAGGAAAUGGGGAAGAUUACUGAGAUAGACAUUCAGCGAAUAAGCAGACACUUCGAUUCCUUGGACUAUGGCAUGCAUGGCAAGAUUACUCUUGUUAACCUCAUGGAUAAUGCAAACAUCUCUUCUAUAAGGGCAAACCAGUCUGUGAGACUACCAUUAUUGUAG